GAAUGCUUGCAAGUAGAGAAAGGGAGAAACUUUUAUGACUUUCAGUUCAACACAAGGCUUGUCAAGUCCACAAUUGCACAUUUUCAGGUAUAGAGAUUUGCUUUCUUUAUGUUUGCAAUUUUUGGCAUACUCUGUUUACCUGAUGUCUAGAGUCAUUUAGAUUCUUCAUUUUUACCAUUUGCAACCCUUCAGCUCUUGUGUUUAUCAAUUGAGUCUGCAACUGCUACAUGAGAUUAGAGAAUUCUAGUUUCAUGCUUCUUUCUUCAGUGUCACGAUUAUUUCACACCAAGUCUAAAACCCCCAACUCUUUCACUGAGACCUGCCAUUGAAUCACAGUUCAAAACUUAUUUUGAACAUGAAUAGCAUGUGUAUACAGUGAUUGUUUAUUCCUGUUUGCUUAUUGUUCACUGCUCACUGUUCCCACCCUCAGCUCUGUAGCUGGGGUGUUGAUUCACACCAAGUCCUUUUCUUUUGCAGAUAAUCUUCAAGGGUGCUUAAAAUAUAACCUGCUCGUUCCUAACAUUCUCGAAAUAUAAUAAUUUAGAUUCCAUAUUUACUCAGGUACAAUACUGUGUAAGGUUCUAACUUAUUCGAAGAAGUGUCAUGAUAUGUGUCUAGGAUGGUCGAGACAGAGUUGAUAAAUCUAACUAGUCCAGGCAACUUUUUAACAUUUUUCAUAGCGUUUCAUACGCCCAGAUAAUUAUAGCCACAGAGUGUAUUAAAGAUUUCCUCGCACAUUAGAUAUUGCUCAAUGUCCAUUGUUAGACAAUCGUGAACUAUAUAGAAAGACUUGUAGUUAACUCUGCUGCAUUUGAGAAACAGUUACUGUAUGCCUUAACCUUUCUUAAACAGGUUGGGAGAGCAGCUGGCGCCAUAAGGAAACCUUUGUUAAUAUGCUAAGGAACUUGGUAUGGGCAACAUCAAAGCACGAUGUGUAUUUCAUGAAUAACUACUCUCUCAUGCAUUGGUCAUCUUUGCUGCAAAGGGGCAAAGAAGUACUUAAUGUGGCCAAGCCCGUUGUUCCUGCAAUGAAGCAGCCUGGAUCGUUGUCGCAGUCUGUAUCAAGAGUCCAGAUAAGUACCAUGGCAGUUAAAGACGAUUUGAUAGUUGCGGGAGGGUUCCAAGGGGAGCUUAUCUGCAAGAGACUGGACGAACCUGAGGUUGCUUUCUGCACAAAACUAACACCAGCUGAAAAUGACAUCACCAAUUCCGUUGACAUAUACAACACACCCAACGGCUCCUUAAGGGUUAUGACUGCGAACAAUGACUGUAUCAUCCGGCAAUUUGAUGCCACAAACUUCACCUUCCUCAACAGUUUCACCUUUGAUUGGUCUGUAAAUAACAUCUCCACAAGUCCAGACGGUAAUCUAGUGGCUGUUCUAGGGGACAGUCCAGAGUGCUUACUAGCCGAUGCCGGAUCUGGAAAAGUGAUCCACGGACUCGAAGGCCAUCUUGACUACUCGUUUUCGUCAGCAUGGCACCCAAACGGUCAGAUCAUAGCCACGGGUAACCAAGACACAACCUGCAGGCUGUGGGACGUAAGGAACUUGUCUCAAUCGCUGAAAGUGUUGAAAGGAAACAUGGGAGCCAUCAGAGCCUUGAGGUUUACUUCUGAUGGACGGUUCCUAGCGAUGGCUGAGCCAGCAGACUUUGUACACUUGUUUGACACGGAAGCUGGUUACAGUCACUGUCAAGAGAUUGAUAUGUUUGGAGAAAUAGCGGGGAUCUCGUUUAGCCCAGACACGGAAGCACUAUUCGUGGGAGUGGCUGAUCGUACCUACGGUAGCUUGUUGGAGUUUAACAGGAAGCGAGAUCACUCGUAUGUUGAUUCCAUAUUCUGAUCAUUACAUGUAAUCCUAUCCGAACUAUAUAUUACACGAGUGUCAGUCAUAAUUAUGUAAUGCCUUUGUGUGGGGUUUAAGUCUCUGUUUUUAUCUGACUUUCCCUAGUCAAGUUAAUGUUUUUCGAGUUUCAACAUACAUAUACUUUGUUCAAACGAAGUUAAUAUUUUGACAGGCA